AUGGAUUUCAAGACUUCAAAUGAAGAGACAAAGACUGGGAUUUAUUUGAUGCAAGAAGGUAAUGAGGAGCCGUUUAAUAUUCGACUACACUUGGCCAAAGAUAUUCUGACCAUUCAAGAACAAGAUGUCAUCUGUGUGUCAGGAGAGCCUUUUUAUUCAAGCGAGCGGACUGUAACGAUCAGGCGGCAGACGAUUGGAGGGUUUGGUCUGAGCAUCAAGGGUGGAGCAGAGCAUAAAAUCCCUGUUGUCAUAUCGAAAAUAUCAAAAGAACAAAAAGCUGAACUCUCUGGGCUGCUCUUUAUUGGAGACGGCAUCCUUCAGAUAAAUGGAAUAAACGUGAGGAGCUAUCGCCACGAGGAAGUGGUGCAGGUUUUGAGAAACGCCGGUGAAGAAGUGACGCUCAACGUCUCGUUCCUGAAGAAGACGCCGGCCUUUUUGAAACUGCCCCUGUGUGAGGACUGCACAUGCAUUCCGAGCGACCAGAGUAGCGGGACGUCCUCUCCUCUGUGUGACAGCGGCCUGCACUUGAACUACCAUCCCAACAACACGGACACGCUGUCCUGCUCGUCCUGGCCCACGUCCCCGGGGCUCCGCUGGGAGAAGAGAUGGGUGGACCUGCGCCUGAUUCCACUGCUGCACUCACGCCUGUCACAGUACAUGCCGGGCUCUGACGUCUGCAGGAAAAAUGCUUUCCAGGUUAUCGCCGUGGACGGAGUUUGCAGCGGAGUCGUACAGUUUCCUGCGGCCGAGGACUGCGUGGACUGGCUUCAGGCAAUAGUGGGCAACAUCUCUGGUCUCACCAAGCACAAUGUGAAGAAGAUUAACAGGAAUUUUCCAGUUAACCAGCAGAUUAUCUUCAUGGGCUGGGUCGACGACAAGGAGCAGGACUCCGUUCAAGACCGAAUGUAUUCACCAAAGUUCCUGGCGCUGAGGGGUUCCUCACUCUUCAAGUUUUCAGCACCUCCCGUGACGACAUGGGACUGGACCAGAGCGGAGAAAAGCUUUACUGUGUACGAGAUAAUGAGCAAGAUUUUAAAGGAUAACGACCUUCUGGACAAGAGGAAGCACGUCUUCAGCGUCCAGACGGAGAGCGGGGAGGACAUGUUCUUCAGUGUGGAGCUGGAGUGCGAGCUGCUGAUCUGGGAAAAGGCUUUUCAGAUGGCCACCUUCCUGGAGGUGGAGAGGAUACAGAGUAAAACAUACGCCUGUAUCAUGGAGAGCCACCUCAUGGGUCUUACUAUUGACUUCGGCAUGGGCUUUGUGUGCUUUGAUGCAGCUUCAAAGGCGGUACUGUGGAGAUACAAAUUCUCUCAACUGAAAGGAUCAUCUGAUGACGGAAAAAGCAAGAUCAAGUUUUUAUUCCAAAACCAAGACUCCAAAUCCAUUGAGGCAAAGGAGCUGGAGUUCUCGAACCUCUUUGCGGUGCUCCAUUGUAUUCACGCGUUUUUCGCUGCCAAGGUCGCUUGCCUGGACCCGAUGUUCCUGGAGAGCCAAGGCACCGCGACCUCCACCGGAAUUCCUCCCCUCUCCGGUAUCUCUUGUAAUUCACAGACGCCCAAACUCAAAUACGCCACUUGA